CUCGUCUACUCUCGUCGAUCGAUUACUUUGGUCUCGUACAAACUUCAGCCGCUCCAAAGCCGUAUCGAUUAACCACUCUGCUGUUUUUUUUAUCUACAAAUUACCAUCAAAUGCGAACUCGCUGUGGACUUUUUGCUUUGUUUCUAUGCAGCGCGACAUUUUCGGGACGCACGUCUUGGUCGUGUGUCCGCCUUUGACAACGUCCUCAUUCCCUUGUUUGUUUACAUGGCAACAUAUGGUUGGUGAGCGCAACUUUUUCGCUGGCCAUGGAGUCGCUGUUUGAACACACUGUGUAUUUUCCCGCCGCGGGGGAAGCGGCGGACCCGGUGGACUGCGAGGCUCUUGAGCAGAGAACGCACUUUUACCUCGGGGAGACUGUCCAUUUUCUUGUAGUGCUGCGUAAAGGUCGUUUGUUAAAGGCAAAGCCAAUGGGAGACUUGUUCGCUGUGGCGACCGUUGGUGCUCAGCUCGGCGACAGUCGGCUAGACUUGAAUAACAGCGUAGAAGAAGAAACAGAAGCGGAGGAGGACCAGGCUGACAUUUCUUAUGAGGACCACCGAAGAAGUGCCAACGCAAACCGGAAGUUCAUAGAGUGCUGCCCGAUUCUGAACCACAACAAUGGACGUCAUAGGAUGGAACCGGUCAAGUCGACUCAGUUGUCAGAAGAACAGAUUUCCUUCCGUCUUACAGUUACUCUCGACAAGCUCCCGGUCAACACACUCCAAGCCAAGAUUGUGGUGAGCGUGUGGGAGCGGGAUGAAGACCAGGUGGAGGUGAGGGAACAUGGCUACCUUGGUCUCCUGCAGCUUUGCUCGCCCGCACGCACUUUCCGAGAGGACCUCAACAAAUUCAAGGCACAGGUCAGCGCCACUUUGAAUGUUCUGCCGCCCCCCAGUGUCGGGUGUCAGCAGCUGACCGUCUCUGGAAAACACCUCACGUUCCUUAAAGUGCUGAAUGGCGCCUCUCAGGAGGAGCUUUGCAUCACAGAUGUGAGGAUCCUUCCCAACUACAACUUGUCCUACCUUCCCAUGAUGCCGGACGGUUCUGUUCUGAUCGUAGACAAUGUCUGCCACCAAUCAGCUGAGGUGACCAUGGCGUCGUUUUACCGCGUGGACAGCGAAUGGUCACGUCUUCCGAGCACACUGGGCACCCUGGAGGAGCACAACUUCCUGUUCCGGCUACAGCUCCAGGACACAGACGACCACCACUCCAGUGAAGGUUUGGAAGUCCCACUGGUUGCUGUGUUACAAUGGCGUACGUCAACACUCCCGCACGCGAGGCACAUCGUCACUUUUUACUCACUGCCCAGCAUCCGCUUGAAUCGUCCUCGGCUGGUGAUGACCGCUUCCUGCCCCAACGCCGUCAGGCCUCGUGAGAGCUUCCCGGUCAAGUACACCCUGGUCAACAACCUGCGCGACGUCCUGUCCGUCCGGCUGCACUGGAAUUUUCAGGGUGAGUUUUCUCAAAAUGUCGCUUCAUCUCGUAACGGCCGGGAUCUGGCUUCCAUUCUGUCAUCCGCUUGUCCAGCUAAUGCAGUAAGAGGCCACCAGGACGGCGAGGUGACAGCGGUGGUGUGCCAGUCUCCCUUCAGAAACCUGGGACGUUGCAGGAAGGGCUCCAGCGUGUCUUUUACCGUCGCCUUCCAGAUCCUUGGAACGGGACUUUUUGAGUUAAGCCAGCACAUGAAAAUGAAGCUUCAGUUCAAGGCGUCACCCGAGGAGCACCGGUCGCCCAAGCCGUGCACGCCACCCUCUUCCGGCAGUGUGGCACGAUCCCUGAGCUUCUCCCACCAACUGCCGCCUUCCAAACCCCAACAUGUCAGGACGGGCAGCAUGAUGGAGCGUCCAUUCAGCAAUUCCCUCUACAUGAGUCCAGAGCAAAGUGUCAGUUCACUGGACCAGGUUGCUAAAAGACAAUGUCAGGUGUUUGUGCUGGAGCACAUCAGCAGCUAAAGAUGCGCGAUUUUCACUCAGGCAAGUGUUUCUGCUACACUGGUGGCCAUUUGACUAAAAAAAAAAAAAAAAAAUUCAUCCAUUUUCGAUUGCGCUUGUCCUCAUUGGGUUAAAUUAGAAAUGAUAAACAACCUCCACCCUUGCGACAAGGGUCAAUAUUGUCUCAUCCAAGGGUCAAUAUUGCUUGAUUGGUUGCCAGAAAUCUCAGGGCACAUGCGGUAUAGACAAACGACCAUUCACAAUCAAUUGACGUCUGUGGACCAUUGCAAGAUGUUUUAUGUGAUAGAAUGGGAUAUGUCAACCAAAUUGAAGUCUUUACACUGGCUGUAUUUGAAUUACUAUUUAUUGGAGUUAUUUUGCAAAUAUUUAUUUUUGUUUGUUCUGCUCAUUUCAAUGCUUGAGACACUGAACUUAGCACAUGCUUACAGACAUAUUUUUGUCAUAAUGUUCGAAUUUUAUUAUCUUAAUGUUUACAUAUUUCUGCUUCCAAAAAUUUACAGGAAAAUACUGACUUUUUUGCCUCAUGGGAUUUUAUAUUCUGGGUAAAUUGCAACUAUUUUUGUAAAUUCUGUAAAAUUUCCUCUUAAAAGUUGUGCUUUGUUUCAGGCAAUAUUCCGACUUUAUUUUCAUAUUUGCAACAUUGUCAUUAAUUCAGAUUUGUUUUUCUCUUGAGACUAUUUAAAAAUUAUAGCCUUAGCAUAUAUUUAUGCUAAGGCUAUACAUUCUCAAAAUUAUGACUUCACUGUCAGAAAGUUAGUGUUUUGGUUUGAACAGCUUGUCGUUAAUGUACAUUUCCAAAUAAUUUUGUUGUUCGUUUUACAUAUAUUUUAAGAAUCAACACGUGAACUUUUUUUCCUUCUGAAAUGCAUCUCAGCAAAUUGUAUAAUAAAAGAAACCCAAUCCUUAUUGUUUUGACACAUUUUCAAAUCCCAGGCAAGUAUUCCUUCAUCUAAAUAAAAAGUUCAUGAAAGCACUUGAUA